UUGACGUCACUAUUUAUUGAAACACAACACAACACAACGCUCUUGUCGCUUCUUUAUAUACUUCAUUUUCAGACAAGAACACAACAAAAGGAACUACGUAAAAAUAUCAAGAAAAAUGGGGAAUUGUCAAGCGGCAGAGGCAGCGACGGUUUUGAUCCACCACCCGGCGGAGAACAAGGUGGAGAGGAUUUACUGGUCGGUGACAGCAAGCGACGUCAUGAGAUCCAAUCCUGGUCAUUACGUUGCGGUUGUGGUGACGUCACCGACGUUAAAGAACGAGAAAGGGUCGCCUUUGAAGCAGCUCAAGCUCCUUCGUCCUGACGACAGUUUACUCAUCGGUCAUGUUUACCGCCUCGUCAGCUUCGAAGAGGUUUUGAACGAGUUUGCGACGAAGAAAUGUGUGAAGCUUGGGAAGAUUUUGAAAGAAGGAGGAGGGUUUGAGUUGAAGAACAAGAAGAAACAUAGACAGAAGACUGAUCAGGAAAAGGGUCGGGUCAACCCGAAACCGGAUUCGAAUCCGAAAGAAGAUGGGGCUAAUGAUACAGUCGCUGGAGAAGACGGUGGAGAAGGGUUAAAGAGGCGUGGUCACGGCGGAGGAAGAUGUGGUGGUGGUGGAUGGAGGCCAGCUUUACAUAGCAUUCCGGAGUUUGGAUCUUCAUGAGAGAACUCUUGAAAAAGCGUAGAUAUUCUUAAAGCACUAUCCGACAACAUUGAAAAGUUAUUAUGUAAAGCGAUGUUAUAAUCAUACUAGAUGCUUUUAAUGAAGAUCCGGUCUCAAUAAAUAUUUUCAACAACUUUAACGUUUUAAAUAUUUUGAGAUUUUGAGUAUUCUCGAAGGAGAGUUAUCAUAAGUUCUUUUACGUAAUGUCAUAAAGUUUUCUAUACA